UUCAAUUUAGAUACAUGCCCAGACAUACCCGAGCCCCUCUAACCGAUAAAGAAAUUAUUCCUAUUCUUAAACAUCUAAGCCUUUUACCUAAAAAACCUUCUCCCGUCAAGAAAAUGGAUCCAACCGACAACUUAUUCGAACCACUUACUCCUGAAAGCCCCAACAACAAUAAUGAAUCAACUCCCGAUCCUCCUAUUGACAACACCAUUAAUCAACCUGUUAUUUGCUCCUCCCUGCCUUCUGAAACUGUUGAAAUGGUCGCGGCAUUCCGAUUCCAACAACAUACUUCCCUGGCAACGACAUUAAUUCCAACUCCAACAAAUUUGAAAAUUGCUGAAACCAUCCCGAAGGAUAUUCCCGUGCAGGUAAACUUAAAUGUCGAACCAACUUUUACAAAUCGCCCCUCAAUUUUUUCCCGCAUGUCAACUCACCCGAACAUGUAUGCUCAACCUUGGACUGUCCGCAUCCACCCCUACCUGCCAGUGCAUCAACGAAUUGGACCCAUCCCGCUCUCCCGUAUAAACUUUGUAAUGCGUCACCCUCCAACGCCUUUGAAUAUGAUCAACGUCAACCGUAACAACCACGAUGCCCCAUGCUGCAGCCGUCAACACUACCGAUAG